AGAGGCACAGUAGAGGACACUCAAUCUCGAGGACACACGUGUUGCACCAGUUCCCUGACCAACAAACACCGGAUCCGCUUAACUAAAACAAUCGGCGAUUUUACGUCAAAUACUGACCGCCAGACCGAUGAAGACAUGCCAUCGGACGAUGAGAAUCAGAUGAAGACCUCCAGUCGUUCGCAUCACCAAAACAACAACACUGGCGGCGGUAGUGGCGGUCAUUCCGGGUCUCAAGAGUCCACCGCUGGUGGCGGCGGCGGUGGCAGUGCCUCAGCGGCUGAUCCGGACGCCGGUGUUGGCAGCGAUGGCGAAGAGGAUCCCACGGGUCUGGAAGGGGCGGCCUUUCAGUCGCGUCUUCCCGCCGAUAAGAUGACCUCACAGGAGGCGCAGGCGUUUCCAGACGUGGCCGCCGGCGGUACGGCAUCGGCCAAGAUAUUCCUCCACAUCCGGAACCGUAUACUUCAGCUAUGGAUGGAGAACCCGAAGCUGCAGCUGUCGCUCGAGUCGACACUACCGCAGAUUGAAGUGCCGUUCAAUUCUGACGGUCCGCUUGUGAUGCGAGUGCACGCCUUCCUCGAGCGCCAGGGAUUCAUCAAUUUCGGUGUCUUUAAGCGGUUGAAAGCGUUGCCACACAAACGGCACGGAAAGGUGAUUGUGAUCGGCGCCGGUAUUGCCGGCCUCAUAGCCGCCCAACAGUUGAUGCAAUUCGGAAUGGAUGUGAUGGGAUCGCGUGGGCGGCCGUGUCGUGACCUUCCGGAAGGGCAACUUCAUCGCCGAUUUGGGCUUGCCGGCCUCAUAGCCGCCCAACAGUUGAUGCAAUUCGGAAUGGAUGUGAUGGUGUUGGAGGCCAGGGAUCGCGUGGGCGGCCGUGUCGUGACCUUCCGGAAGGGCAACUUCAUCGCCGAUUUGGGCUCAACAGUGGUCACAGGUCUCGGCGGCAAUCCGGUGGCCAUUAUAAGCAAACAGAUUAAUAUGCAAUUGCAUAAAAUCAAGCAAAAGUGUCCGCUCUAUGAGUCCAACGGCAAUACUGUUCCCAAAGACAAGGACGAGAUGGUGGAGCGCGAGUUCAACCGACUCCUGGAGGCCACCAGUUAUCUGUCGCACACUCUGGACUUCAAUAGUCUGAACGGCCGGUCCGUAUCGCUCGGACAGGCGCUCGAAUGGGUGAUACAAUUGCAGGAGAAGUCGGUGAAAGAGAAACAGAUCCAACACUGGAAGGCAAUCAGCGAUCUUCAGGAGAAGUUGAAGUCGAAUCUGAACCGAAUGCUGAUAUUGAAAGAGAAUAUUGAAAAGCUGUCCAAAAAGCACAAAGAGUUGACCGAAACGCGCGGCCAAAAGCCCGACAUUACAAAAGAGUUUGUCCUCCGCUCGACGGCUCGAGAUCUGAACGCCGCGUGUCGUCAAUGGGAUCAACACAUGGAAGAACAGAAGGAGAUCGAGGAGAAGCUCCAGGAGUUGGAAGCGUCGCCGCCAUCCGACGUAUACCUGUCCUCUCGGGACCGACAAGUGCUCGACUGGCACUUCGCGAACCUGGAGUUCGCAAACGCCACACCACUCAACAACUUGUCGCUCAAACACUGGGAUCAAGACGACGACUUCGAUCGUUCGCAUCACCAAAACAACAACACUGGCGGCGGUAGUGGCGGUCAUUCCGGGUCUCAAGAGUCCACCGCUGGUGGCGGCGGUGGCAGUGCCUCAGCGGCUGAUCCGGACGCCGGUGUUGGCAGCGAUGGCGAAGAGGAUCCCACGGGUCUGGAAGGGGCGGCCUUUCAGUCGCGUCUUCCCGCCGAUAAGAUGACCUCACAGGAGGCGCAGGCGUUUCCAGACGUGGCCGCCGGCGGUACGGCAUCGGCCAAGAUAUUCCUCCACAUCCGGAACCGUAUACUUCAGCUAUGGAUGGAGAACCCGAAGCUGCAGCUGUCGCUCGAGUCGACACUACCGCAGAUUGAAGUGCCGUUCAAUUCUGACGGUCCGCUUGUGAUGCGAGUGCACGCCUUCCUCGAGCGCCAGGGAUUCAUCAAUUUCGGUGUCUUUAAGCGGUUGAAAGCGUUGCCACACAAACGGCACGGAAAGGUGAUUGUGAUCGGCGCCGGUAUUGCCGGCCUCAUAGCCGCCCAACAGUUGAUGCAAUUCGGAAUGGAUGUGAUGGUGUUGGAGGCCAGGGAUCGCGUGGGCGGCCGUGUCGUGACCUUCCGGAAGGGCAACUUCAUCGCCGAUUUGGGCUCAACAGUGGUCACAGGUCUGGGCGGCAAUCCGGUGGCCAUUAUAAGCAAACAGAUUAAUAUGCAAUUGCAUAAAAUCAAGCAAAAGUGUCCGCUCUAUGAGUCCAACGGCAAUACUGUUCCCAAAGACAAGGACGAGAUGGUGGAGCGCGAGUUCAACCGACUCCUGGAGGCCACCAGUUAUCUGUCGCACACUCUGGACUUCAAUAGUCUGAACGGCCGGUCCGUAUCGCUCGGACAGGCGCUCGAAUGGGUGAUACAAUUGCAGGAGAAGUCGGUGAAAGAGAAACAGAUCCAACACUGGAAGGCAAUCAGCGAUCUUCAGGAGAAGUUGAAGUCGAAUCUGAACCGAAUGCUGAUAUUGAAAGAGAAUAUUGAAAAGCUGUCCAAAAAGCACAAAGAGUUGACCGAAACGCGCGGCCAAAAGCCCGACAUUACAAAAGAGUUUGUCCUCCGCUCGACGGCUCGAGAUCUGAACGCCGCGUGUCGUCAAUGGGAUCAACACAUGGAAGAACAGAAGGAGAUCGAGGAGAAGCUCCAGGAGUUGGAAGCGUCGCCGCCAUCCGACGUAUACCUGUCCUCUCGGGACCGACAAGUGCUCGACUGGCACUUCGCGAACCUGGAGUUCGCAAACGCCACACCACUCAACAACUUGUCGCUCAAACACUGGGAUCAAGACGACGACUUCGAGUUCUCCGGCAGUCACCUCACGGUUCUCAACGGCUACUCUUGCGUACCCGUGGCUCUGGCCGAGGGUCUUGACAUACGGCUCAAUACGGCGGUGCGAUCCAUACGAAUAACGCCCAACGGUGUGGAAGUGUGCUCUUAUAACCCACGGCUCAGUACAGCCAACUCGAGCACAUCGCUGGCCAAUCCACUGAUCACACAUCGUGGCGAUGCCGUGCUCUGCACUUUACCACUGGGUGUACUCAAACAGGCCGUACAGCCCAACAACGUGGGCACCAGCGGUAAUGUCGUCCAAUUCAUACCACCGCUCCCGGAGUGGAAAGUGGCCUCAAUUCAACGGCUCGGCUUCGGUAACCUGAAUAAAGUGGUUCUGUGUUUCGACCGUAUCUUCUGGGACCAGGACUCGAAUCUGUUCGGACACGUGGGCUCCACCACUGCCUCCCCCCCGCUUGACAAGGACAAGACCUCGGAGAUAGCCCGCGGACACAACUACCAGUGUCACUUGCGGUCGAUCUUCGGCACGACAGCCGUACCGAAUCCAAAGGACACAGUGGUCACCCGAUGGCGGGGCGACCCCUGGUCUAAGGGUUCGUACUCUUUCGUCGCCACCGGAUCGUCGGGUAACGAUUACGACGCCCUCUCAGCGCCGGUGGCCGUUCAGUCGCCCCAAUCGGUGACCACCAGUCAAUCGUCGUCACCGUCAGCGGCGACGGCCACCGCCGGUCAGACGGCAUCGAUUCCACGGCUGUUCUUCGCGGGCGAACACACGAUACGCAACUAUCCGGCCACAGUUCACGGCGCUCUCCUAUCGGGGCUCCGGGAGUCGGCCCGCAUUGCCGACCAAUUUGUCGGCUGUCCCUACGCUGUGCCCACACAGACA